GUGUUGAGUGGAUGGACGAUAUCGUGGUUCUUACACGUGUGGAGCUAACGCGUGGAUCCAUGUGUUUUAAGGGGAAACACAGUAGACCGGCGUCGCUGUUUAAAAAACAAUAACAACCUUGUGGGUCGUUUCCGUCGUGCGUGGUUUGUUCUGAAGCUACAGCUCUGGUCGAAUAAUAUUUUUGCUGACAUUGAUCUUCCAGAUACCAGAGUACAAUGAUGAAGUACAUCCUUGUAACUGGAGGCGUCAUCUCAGGCAUCGGUAAAGGAAUCAUCGCAAGCAGCGUGGGCACAAUCCUCAAGUCAUGUGGCUUACACGUGACCGCUAUCAAGAUCGACCCUUAUAUCAACAUUGACGCGGGGACAUUUUCACCGUACGAGCACGGUGAAGUGUUUGUGCUGGACGAUGGGGGUGAGGUCGACUUGGAUCUGGGGAACUACGAACGCUUCCUUGACAUCCGGCUGACAAAAGACAACAACCUGACCACCGGCAAGAUCUAUCAGUCUGUUAUCAACAAAGAGAGACGAGGAGACUACCUGGGCAAAACAGUGCAAGUGGUGCCACACAUCACAGAUGCCAUCCAGGAGUGGGUGGUGAAACAGGCCACGGUACCAGUGGACGACGACGGUUUGGAGCCACAAGUUUGUGUAAUAGAGUUGGGAGGCACAGUGGGAGACAUAGAGAGUAUGCCUUUCAUCGAGGCCUUCAGGCAGUUCCAGUUCAAAGUGAAGAGGGAGAACUUCUGUAACAUUCACGUCAGUCUGGUACCACAGCCGAGCGCGACAGGAGAGCAAAAGACCAAACCGACUCAGAACAGCGUCAGAGAGUUGAGAGGACUGGGCUUGUCACCUGAUCUGAUCAUGUGUCGCUGUUCCACCGCUCUGGAGAACUCCGUCAAAGAAAAGAUCUCAAUGUUCUGCCACGUAGAACCACAACAGGUAAUCUGUGUGCAGGACGUGUCAUCCAUCUACAGAGUGCCGUUACUGCUGGAGGAGCAGGGGGUGGUGACUUAUCUGAGCAGGAGGCUGAACAUGCCCAUAGAGUCCAGGCCAAGGAAGAUGCUGACCAAAUGGAAGGAGAUGUCCGACAGGUCAGACAGGCUGCUGGAGCAGUGCUCCAUAGCUCUGGUGGGGAAGUACACCAAGUUCUCAGACUCUUACGCGUCAGUUAUCAAAGCACUGGAACACUCUGCCUUGGGCAUCAGUCACAAAUUGGAGGUUAAGUAUAUAGACUCGGCGUAUUUGGAGCCCAGUACUCUUCAGGAUGAACCAGUGAAAUACCACGAGGCCUGGCAGAAGCUCUGCAGUGCUGAUGGAAUCCUGGUUCCUGGAGGAUUUGGCGUCAGAGGAACUGAAGGAAAGAUUCACGCCAUCAACUGGGCGAGAAAACAAAAGAAACCUUUUCUAGGCGUGUGUCUCGGGAUGCAGUUGGCCGUAUGUGAAUUUGCCAGAAACGAGCUCGGCUGGGAAGACGCCAACUCAACAGAGUUUGACCCAGAAUCAACGCAUCCUGUGGUGAUCGAUAUGCCAGAACACAACCCCGGUCAAAUGGGCGGCACAAUGAGACUCGGCAAGAGGCGAACCAUGUUCAAGAACAACACCAGUACACUGCGCAAACUUUAUGGAGAUGUAGAAUAUGUGGAUGAAAGACACAGGCAUCGCUUUGAGGUCAAUCCUGAGCUGAGGUCUCACUUUGAAGGCAAGGGCUUCCACUUUGUAGGUCAAGAUGUGGAAGGAGAACGAAUGGAGGUCAUAGAAUUAGAUGAUCAUCCAUAUUUCAUAGGAGUGCAGUAUCAUCCCGAGUUCACCUCCCGCCCCAUUAAACCGUCACCACCGUACCUCGGUUUGCUGCUGGCUGCCGCCGGGAAGCUUCAGGGCUACUUACAGAAGGGUUGUCGUCUGUCUCCACGGGACACGUACAGUGAUCGGAGUGGCAGCAGCACCCCAGACUCUGAGAUUUCAGAGCUGAAGUUACCCUCCAUCUCCAACGAAUGAUCUCAACUCACUCCUUUCUGUUCACUUGUAAGAGUCACUGGAAAGAACUGACACUCGCUGAGAACAUGACUCCUCACUGCAACAAAUGGAUCUUAGCUACUAAAGUAAUUCGGCUGACACAUCUACUAGUCACUAUUUUUCCAAGUGGAAGCUUAAGUUGGAACUACACACCCCCCUGCACUAAAGCCCAUAGAGGAAAAGCUGAAUGUUAGCUCAUGAUGCAAAACAUUUAGUAAAGCGGUUUCCAAACCCUGAAA